AUGGCCAACUACAAGGCAGGAAGGAGCAUCCCACAAGAAUAUACAAAGCAACAAGUUAAGAAGCUGCUUCAUGAAGCUAAGUUGUUCUUUUGGGAUGAACCCUUCUUGUUUAAAAGAUGCCCAGAUGGAAUGAUUAGAAGAUGUGUGCCAGAGGUGGAAAUGAAGGACAUAUUGUGGCAUUGUCAUAACUCUAGCUAUGGUGGUCAUUUUGGAGCUGAAAGAACUGCAGCAAAGGUGCUUCAAAGUGGAUUCUACUGGCCAUCCAUCUUCAAGGAUGCUAGGGACUUUGUGAGUCAUUGCAAUGAAUGCCAAAGAGCAGGUGGCCUAACAAAGAAGAAUGAGAUGCCUCAAAAGUUCAUCCUAGAGGUGGAGCUCUUUGAUCUAUGGGGAAUAGACUUCAUGGGACCUUUCCCUCCAUCCUACACUUUCAAAUACAUUUUGGUGGCAGUGGAGUAUGUUUCGAAAUGGGUUGAAGCAAUAGCCACAACCACAUGUGACACUAACGUGGUAUUGCAAUUCCUAAAGAAAAACAUCUUCACUAGAUUUGGAGUGCCAAAGGGACUUCUAGUGUAUGGGAAAGCAUGCCAUCUACCUGUAGAACUUGAACACAAGGCCUUUUGGGCCACUCAACUCUUGAAUUUAGAUGCUCAAGCGGCAGGAGAAAAGAGGCUACUACAACUCAAUGAAUUGGAAGAAUUCAGAUUGGAGGCAUAUGAGAAUGCUAGAAUAUACAAGGAAAGAGCAAAAAGGUGGCAUGGCAAGAGAAUCUCUCCGAGAACAUUUGAACCAGGCCAAAAGGUGUUGCUAUUCAACUCAAGACUGAAGAUCUUCCCUGGGAAGUUGAGGUCUAGAUGGAAUGGACCAUACACCAUCACCAAAGUAUCACCUCAUGGAUAUGUGGAAUUACUUGAUGAGAAUUCAAAAGAGACCUUUAUGGUCAAUGGACAGAGGGUGAAACUUUAUCUUGGUGGACCUUGGAGCAAAGAAGAGACUGUACUAUGGUUAGCAUGA